AUGAGUACUGAUUUUGAUCGUAUUUAUUUGAAUCAAUCUAGGUUUAGUGGUAGAUUCCGUAUUGCUGACUCUGGUUUAGGUUGGAAGCCAUCUGCUGCUGGUGGUUCUGCAUCCCAUCAACUUAGGACACCUUUUCUUUUGCCCGCUGCUGAAUUGUCUACCAUACAAUGGAGUAGAGGUAGUAGAGGCUACGAAUUAAAGAUUCAAACAAAGAACCAAGGUGUGAUCCAAUUGGAUGGUUUUUCUGUGGAUGAUUUCAAUUUGUUAAAGGGUGAUUUUCAUCGUAGAUUCAAUAUCCAGGUAGAACACAAGGAACAUUCUUUACGUGGGUGGAACUGGGGGCAAACUGAUUUAGCUAGAAACGAGAUGGUUUUCGCUCUUAAUGGUAAACCGACUUUUGAAAUCCCUUAUUCCAGAAUCAAUAACACUAAUUUGACCGGUAAAAAUGAGAUUGGUAUUGAAUUUAAUUUACAAGACGAGAACUAUCAACCUGCCGGUGAUGAAUUGGUGGAAAUGAGAUUUUAUGUUCCUGGUGUUAUAAAUACUAAGAAUGAGGAUGAAGAUGGGAAUCCAAUCAAAGAAGAGGAUGAAAAUGGUGAACCUAUUGAAUCUGAUGGUGUGGAAAAGAGUCUAGCGGAAGCAUUGUAUGAAGAGUUGAAAGAGAAAGCAGACAUUGGUGAAAUGGCGGGUGAUAUUAUCGUUUCUUUCCAGGAUGUCUUUUUCGCUACUCCAAGAGGUCGUUAUGACGUCGAUGUCUAUAAAGAUACUAUCAGAUUAAGAGGUAAAACAUAUGAAUAUAAAUUACAACAUCAUCAAAUUCAAAGAAUCAUUUCUUUGCCAAAAGCAGACGACAUACAUCAUUUGAUAGUUCUUGCAGUGGAACCACCAUUACGUCAGGGUCAAACUACAUAUCCAUAUUUAGUCAUGCAAUUCCAGAACGAAGAAGAAACAGAAGUGCAAUUAAACAUUGAAGAUGAGGAGUAUGAAUCCAAAUAUAAGGAUAAAUUAAAGAAGGAAUAUGAUGCAAAGACCCAUAUUGUGAUGAGCCAUGUGUUAAAGGGUAUCACUGGUUGCAGAGUUAUCGUUCCGGGUGCAUACAAAUCCAAGUAUGAACAGUGUGCAGUUUCAUGUUCAUUUAAGGCUAAUGAAGGUUAUCUUUAUCCAUUAGAUAACGCCUUCUUAUUCUUAACUAAACCAACUAUGUACAUACCAUUUGCAGAUGUUAGUUCAGUUAAUAUAUCUAGAGCAGGCCAAACCUCUACUUCUUCAAGAACAUUCGAUUUAGAAGUUUCCUUGCGUAUGAAUAGAGGUAGUACCACUUUUGGUAAUAUAAGUAAAGAAGAACAACAAUUAUUAGAGCAAUUCUUAAAAUCCAAGAAUUUGAAAGUUAAAAAUGAGGAAAAAGAUGCCCAAGAAAGGCUACAAGUUGCUUUGGGUUCUGAUAGUGAGGACAAUGAUAUUAAUAUGGGUUCAGCUGGUGAAGACGAGGAAUCACCAGAUGAAGAUUUCAAAAUGGAUUCAAGUGAUGAAGAUGAUGAGGUGGCUGAAGAAUUCGAUUCUGAUGCUCCCCUCUCAGAUGACGAAGAAGAUGAUUCAGAUGACAAUAGGCCAACAAAAAAACCAAAGACAGAGUAA